UCCACUCGUUCAACACCCAGUCCCCGUCGUUCACACUGCCCAAAUACAAUCCCUACCAUUAACCUCACCUCCAUCCAACCAAGUCCCCUCCCCUCCCCCUCCAAAAAAAAAGAAAUCCACAAUGGGCGAAGGCCAAGAAUGGACCAACGGCUUCUGGGACUGUUGCUCCCCAUGCAAGAUCUGCUGCCUCGCCUUCUGGUGCCCCUGCUGCCUCUUCGGCCGCACCGCCUCGCGACUCAAGGACCCAGCCCUGAAGGAACAUGGCUCGAUGAAUGGUGAUUGCUGCCUCUACUGCCUAGUCGGCUACUGCGGACUGGGCUUCAUCCCGCUGAUGAUGAAGCGGGGCAAGCUGCGCGAGAAGUUCCAGCUCGAGGGGUCCGGGUGCGGCGACUGCUUCAAGUCGUUCUGCUGCCCGUGCUGCACGCUGAUGCAGAACGAGAAGGAGGCCGAGAGCCGCGCCGGCCUGCUGGAGAAGGGCGGGUAUCAGGCUCCUGCGGGGAUGGAGUAUAAAUGAUUUUGUGUCUGCCAGUGGUUGCUGUAGGGGGUUGAG